AUGCCGAACAAAAUCAGGAUUCCCCUGGUGCCUCUGUUUGGUAAGUGGGAAAAACCCUAAGAAAGUGCCGAGAAAAUUUUCCAUGAAUGGGUGACAAUUACGGAGCAACGAUUGCAGAUUGCGUUGACAGCAAGAGCAUCGAGACUUCAAACAGAGAAAUGCUCGAUUUGUACGACGACGAAGACGACGAUGAAAAUGACAGAGAAUUCAUCGUAAACGAACUGGACGGUACUGUGGAUCCGUACGUAGGAAUGGAGUUCGAAUCGGAAGAGGCUGCGAUGGUGUACUACGAUGCCUACGCUAAGCGCGUGGGCUUCAUCAUCCGAGUCGGAAAUUGCCACAGAUCGGGGCGUGAUGGAUCGGUUAUCAGCCGUAGGUUUCUCUGCAACAAGGAGGGGUUUAGGGUUAGCAAUAAGAAGAUGAAGAGGCUUGAAGUAAGGAAGCCGAGGGAGAUUACUAGGGAGGGUUGUAGGGCAAUGAUCAUGGUGAGGAAGGACAAGUCUGGGAAAUGGAUUGUAACGAAACUCGAAACGGAGCAUUGUCAUCCUUUAGGAAUUCCCACCGGAAAAGGUCGCCGUGGCUCUGUUCAGGCGCGGCCGCAGGAUGAGAAGGAUAAGAAAAUCCGGGAGCUAUCCUCAGAGCUUCAUCGUGCAAAUCAACAGUUGGCAGAGUGCCGGGAGCAACUGGAAAUGGUUUUAAAAGAUAUAGAACGGCACACAAACCACCUAACAAAAAGUGUUCAAGACAUAGUUGAGAAUGUAAAAGAAGUUGAAGCCGAGGAUGAAGAACAGUUAUAUGAUUGUUAGACUUAGCAUUUCAUUAAAAGAAGUUCAACCGAGGAUGGAGGACAGAGUUACACCAUUUUCAGCCAUAGCACGUACGCUUCUAUGCAUUUUCUACCCAUUCAUUCCUUUCCUAACUUAUCGCACUAUUUAACCACCCGUUUGGUCAUUAGCUAGAACUAGAUAGCAUCAUAAAUCAAUUUGGAUUUUCUUCUUGUACAGUGCUAAAUACCUAGCUUUUUCUUCUUCUUUUUUUUCCCUUUUUCUUGUUAAGGUUAGUUCAUGCUCCAUUUGGUUAAUUGUAGAUGCUCUCUCCAUCUAGUGGAUGGUCAGAUGGAUUGUAGAGUUUAUAGAUCUUAGAAAUCUUUCUUGUGACAUUUGCAAGCUUGUUCAUGAGCUAUUAGAUCAUCUGAACUACAUUCAAAGAGCUGCUUCCAUUUUGUCACAGUUAGUUUUCACUUUUCCCAAAUGAUAUGCUUGAUUUAAGGUGUGAUUUGGGUUCAU